CAUUCAGAUCCUUGAAUUCUUGCUUCUCUCUUUCUGAGAAGUAAUUCUACUCAAAAUUUUAUUUUAGAAAGUUUAUUUCUUGAAAUUUUGGGUAUGGACAUGUAUGUACAGAGUACAACAGAGUCCGAUUUAGCAUUUCUGGACUCAAUUCGCCUAUGUCUUCCAUGCGAAUCGGAGUCUUUGUCAGAGAUGUCAGAGACGGAUUCAGUUUCUAGCAAUGGACGCUGUCCUGUUUACGGUCGGAGUUCAAGCCUCAGCAGCUUGUACUCUUGCCUGACGGACAAUUGGGGUGAACUGCCGCUCAAAGAAGACGACUCUGAAGACAUGGUCGUCUUCGGCUUCCUCCGGGAUGCGUUCACUGUUGGGUGGGCGCCGUCUGACGCUGUUGUGCCGAAGUUCUCGGUAGUUAAGCCGGAACCCCAGGAGGGUUUGGUAUUGGCGGCACCGGAAGUGCCGGCGGCAAAGGUUGUUCCGGUUAAGGGAAAGCAUUACAGGGGAGUUAGGCGGAGGCCGUGGGGGAAAUUCGCUGCGGAGAUUCGUGACCCGGCCAAAAACGGGGCGCGGGUUUGGUUGGGUACCUUCGAAACGGCUGAGGACGCGGCUUUGGCUUACGACAGAGCGGCUUAUAGGAUGCGAGGGUCAAGGGCGCUGUUGAACUUCCCGUUGAGGGUGAAUUCAGGAGAGCCUGACCCAGUGAGAAUCAGGUCGAAGAGGGCAUCGCCGGAGCCGUCCUCACCGUCGUCAUCUGGAUCGGUGAAUGGCUUGCCGAAGCAAAGGAAGAAGGUAGGUGGAUCGACUCGGGUUGUUGUUUAAACCGGGUUGGAAAUGGGUAAGGGAACAGAGGUUAAGUGUGAGGUGGAGUCUUGCACACAUGUCGAACAGCUAUUGGUUGCUUAAUGCUGACGUGUGAAACUCAGCAGUUGAGAUUUGGGAAUGGGAUUACGUGUAAAGCUUACUAAAGUUUCUGGGGCAAAUACAUAAUUUUGUGAAAUGCAUGGACCGGGGGUGGAAAUAACAGAAAUGAGAAGGGAUAAGAUUAGAAGAAUAAAAAAAGAAAACUCAUUAGCAGUUAAUAUUAAAAAUAUCAAGAUGUCAAUAAUGCGUGAAUUAUAAUUUUAUUAAAUUUAUAAUGUAAUUAUUAUUAAACGUCUUGAUAUUUUUAAUGAUAACACAUUCUCAUUAACCCUUUCCCCUUAUAAACUCGAGCAGUUUGA